UGGGGCUUUUGUAUAAGAGAAACAGAGAGAGAGGGGGAAACAAAACGAAGAUUGAAAUUGAAGCCUGAAGAGAUCGUUGGACGGUGCCCGACGCAGACAGAGACAAGAUGGAUCUGGAGAGUGAAAACAGACUAGCUGCUAUGCUUAUGAGGGAAGCAGCUGAGUUGCGGCGGCAGGCUGAAAAAGAAGGUGUUCUGGCUUAUCUUAGUAAGCCUAAUGUCCGGAAUCGGCCAAAUUCACGCUUCCUCACUGCUACUGUACUUGGGGUACAACAAUCUAAUCGAGUUGUGGAAGUAAAUGAGAUGUGGCGAGUACGGCAAAAAGAAAAAGAGCUGGAUGAACGGGUUAGAGGUACAUCAUCAGAUAAAAGCAGUGGAGACAGAAGCCAUAGGGAUGAUAAAACAUCAAGAAGUUCCAUUGGUAAUAGCACUAGAACAUCUGCUUCAUGCUCAAGUAAAAGACAAUUUGAGAUGGAGGUUAAAGACACAUCAAAAGAUAAAAAUUCAAGUGACAGAAGCCACAGGGAUAGUAAAUUGUUAGGAAGAACCGGAAGACAUGCUGUAAUCGAUGAAAGCACUAGUGCUUCUGCUUCAUGCUUAAAUAAAAGAGGACAUGAGCAUCCUCCAGAAGGUUUAAAGGAUGAAGAGCUUGAGGAGUUUCUCCACUCAAGGACCAAGCGAGGCAGAGGCGCUGUUGGUCCAAGAAUGGAUGAGACUGGGCCUUACCUUCCUCCUCAUACAGAUGGGGAGUUUCUCCACUCAAGGACCAAGCGAGGCAGAGGCACUGUUGGUCCAAGAAUGGAUGAGACUGGGCCUUACCUUCCUCCUCAUACAGAUGGGGAGCCUAGUACUAGUCCUGAUGCAAGGGAACGCCGUCGGGUUAUUUACGGUCCGGAGAUGCCUUCAUCAUUGAAGUUAUAUGAAUCCUCUGAGGAGGAGACUGAUGAAGACAGGCGGAGAAAGAGUAAAAAGUCUCGCUCUAGCUGCUCAGACAAGGAGCAUUCUGAGAAGCGCAAGUCCAAGAAGAAAUCUAAGCAUAAGAAAAAGAAAAGGGACGAGAAAAGAAGUAAACAUCAUCAUCGGUAAUGCUGUUGUGUAAUUCUAUAAUCUCUCACAGAUGAAUGUUAUAAUUUGCAAUGGAUAUGGAACUCAUGUUUGUACUUUGUAACAUCUGUAACCUCAAAAUGCAAUUCCUCUUGGAGAUAUGAAUUGUUUUGGCCA